CUUCCGACGCAACAAGAAUCGCUUCAAUCGGAGCAAGAACGCGAAAGCUAUGAAGAUUCAAAGUUCAUGAGCUUGCGUUACAAUUGCGGCGGUUACAAAGUGAAGUUGUAGGGUCCAAGGGCGUGGAAACUACUACGCGAUGUGAUUCAGCCCAACACUCUCCUGAUGGUGAUCGUGCUCGAGAAGGAAAUUGCUGCCAUCUCCAUGCGACCAGGGGACGAUGCGAAGCCGGUCCUUGACAAGAUCAAGGACACCUAUGCAAGGAUGGCAGCAGCGGGCAGCAGUGUAUCUCAGCUGCAGCAGUGCACCAAGAUCAUCUCGGUGUUGGACAACUCUUGGGACAACCUCAUCUCCACCCUCAACUCUCAGCAAGAUCAAUGGAUACCUGAGUGGCUAAGGCAGCAGAUUCUGCAGGAGGACUUCCGCAGACGCCAUAAGUUGGUGAAGGAUGGGAGCCUGAAGGGCUUGGAGGUGCAAGGGGGAGUGAAGGAGAUUGGGAGCUGCCCUACAUGCUUGGAGACCAAGUUCUCCAAGUUCCCCUUCAACAGCACUACAGGACCAGCCAAGACCCCACUUGCACUUGUGCACAUGGAUGUGGUGGGGCCCACAAGAGCCCCUUCCCUCUCAGGCAACCGCUAUUUCUUGACAAUUGUGGAUGACCACACUCGGGCAGUGUGGGUUUACCCUUUCAAGAGCAAGGGGGAGGUGGCAGCGGCUGUCCUAAAGGAGUGGAUGCCUAGAGCUCAGAGGGAAUGCGGACACAAGGUCGCCCUUGUGAAGAACAGGGUGCUGGCUACAGUUGGGGAUAAGGAGUGGAUCCCAUAUGUCAAGUGGUAUGGGAGUGCUCCAGCUGUGAACAUGCUGAGGGCAUUUGGGUGCAUGGUGGUGUUUCAUAUAGUGAAGACCCAUCAGCAGGCAGCAGAUAUUUUCACUAAGCGUCUGGCGGAGGCGGAUCAUUGGAAGGGCAUGAAGCUUGCUGGGAUGAGUGUGCAUUGAGUAUGCAUGCUUGAGAUGUUGGUAUGGUGGAUGAUGGCUGGCAGCCAGAGGGGGAGAUUGUUGUGUGAUGUCAUCAUAUGCUAUCACAUUCUGUCUGCCUCCCAUCCUAUGUUUUCAACUUGCAUGUAUUUCUGAUGAUAGAUCUUGAGAAGAUCUUUCCGACACAACAAGAAUCCCUUCAAUCGGAGCAAGAACGCGAAAGCUAUGAAGAUUCAAAGUUCAUGAGCUUGCGUUACAAUUGCGGCGGUUACAAAGUGAAGUUGUG